UUCUAGGGUUUCGAAAAUAUGACUACUACAUUCGAAUUUGUGCAACCAAGAAUCCACGGAUUUGCAAAUUGUUGUAGUAAUAGUCUAUUGUACUCGAAAGGUUCGAGCUUUUUCAACGAUCGUUGUAGGGUUUAUCGCCAAAACCCGAAUCGGUUUGUCUCCAAUUCAAUCACGCUUCCUCUGCAGAAGAAACAAGUUACUGUGUUGAGAAAUCACGAAAGGUUUAAUCUUUGGGAUGGGUUUUCAAGAAAGAAGAGUAGAUUGGUUGUGAAUUGUCAAGAAGAUGAUCAGAAAGAGAGUUCUAGUGAGAGUAGUGAGGAGAAAGAAAGAAGUCAGAGUACUCCGGCGAAGUCAGGUUCGUCGUCGAAGAGGAAAAGAGAGAAGCAAGGGGAAGAUAAGGUAUGGUGGUCAAAGGGGAAGAAAUGGCAGUGGCAACCAAUAAUCCAAGCGCAAGGGAUUGGAGUUUUGUUGUUGCAAUUGGGUGUUGUUAUGUUUGUGAUGCGAUUGCUUCGACCUGGAAUUCCUUUACCUGGAUCGGAGCCGAGAAUUCAGACGACUUUUGUGAGUGUGCCGUAUAGUGAGUUCUUAAGUAAAGUUAAUAGUAACCAGGUGCAGAAAGUGGAGGUUGAUGGGGUUCAAGUUUUGUUUAAGUUAAGAGAUGAUGGAAAGUGGCAAGAGAGUGAAACUAGUAGGUUGUCUGAGUCGUCUGAAUCGCUGUUAAGAGCUGUGGCUCCGACGAAAAGGGUUGUUUAUUCCACCACAAGGCCGGGUGAUAUUAAAACACCGUAUGAGAAGAUGCUUGGGAAUAAUGUGGAAUUUGGAUCGCCUGAGAAGCGUUCUGGUGGCUUCUUCAACUCUGGAUUGAUAGCUCUUUUCUACAUAGCGGUGCUUGCUGGGCUUAUUCGAUUCCCUCUUAGCUUCUCCACGAGUAGUACAACCGGCCAACUUAGGACUCGAAAAUCUGGUGGUCCUGAUGGGGGAAAAGUCUCUGGUGGAGGUGAAACAAUCACUUUUUCAGAUGUUGCAGGUGUUGAUGAAGCAAAGGAAGAGCUAGAGGAAAUCGUGGAAUUUCUUAGGAAUCCUGACAAGUAUGUCCGUUUAGGUGCACGUCCUCCGCGUGGUGUCCUAUUGGUUGGUCUUCCCGGAACAGGGAAAACCCUUCUUGCAAAGGCUGUUGCUGGGGAAGCUGAAGUCCCCUUCAUAAGUUGCUCUGCAAGUGAGUUUGUAGAGCUGUAUGUCGGUAUGGGUGCCUCACGUGUAAGGGAUCUUUUUGCACGGGCCAAGAAGGAAGCUCCAUCGAUUAUAUUUAUUGAUGAGAUAGAUGCUGUGGCAAAAAGCCGUGAUGGUAAAUUCCGAAUCGGCAACAACGAUGAAAGGGAGCAAACUUUAAAUCAGUUGCUCACUGAGAUGGAUGGUUUUGACAGCAACUCUGCGGUGAUCGUUCUUGGAGCUACAAAUCGUGCUGAUGUCUUAGACCCGGCCCUGCGUCGUCCCGGAAGAUUCGAUCGUGUUGUUACGGUGGAAACGCCAGACAAAGUUGGAAGAGAAUCCAUUUUGAGAGUACAUGUGUCAAAGAAAGAGCUUCCUUUGGGAGAUGAUGUUAACCUUGGUAGUAUUGCCUCAAUGACAACUGGUUUUACGGGGGCAGACCUUGCAAACUUGGUAAACGAGGCUGCCUUGCUAGCUGGAAGAAAGAACAAGACGACUGUUGAAAAACUUGACUUCAUUCAAGCUGUGGAGCGAUCAAUAGCGGGCAUAGAGAAGAAAUCUGCAAGAUUAAAAGGCAACGAGAAGGCAGUGGUGGCAAGGCAUGAAGCUGGGCAUGCAGUGGUUGGUACCGCUGUUGCUAAUCUUCUUACUGGACAGCCACGUGUUGAGAAAUUAAGCAUAUUGCCAAGAUCAGGAGGGGCAUUGGGAUUUACAUACAUUCCUCCUACCAGUGAAGACAGAUAUUUGCUCUUCAUUGAUGAGCUGCUUGGGCGUUUAGUUACCCUUCUUGGAGGUCGUGCAGCUGAAGAAGUUGUUUACUCAGGGCGUAUAUCAACAGGUGCAUUUGACGAUAUAAGGCGGGCUACUGAUAUGGCAUACAAGGCAGUAGCAGAAUAUGGUCUUAACCAAAAAAUCGGACCUGUGUCUGUGGCUACACUUUCUGGUGGUGGGAUUGACGACUCUGGAGGCUCUCCAUGGGGAAGAGAUCAGGGGAAACUAGUUGAUCUUGUUCAAAAAGAAGUGACAAUUUUGUUACAAUCUGCUCUCGAUGUUGCGCUGUCUGUUGUACGCGCUAAUCCAGAUGUAUUGGAAGGGCUUGGUGCUCAACUUGAAGAGAAAGAGAAAGUAGAAGGUGAAGAACUGCAGAAGUGGUUAAGUAUGGUGGUUGCACCUGAAGAACUCGCAGUCUUUGUCAAAGGAAAGGAAGAGCUUUUGCUCCCAGCACAAGCUAGCUCCAGUUAACAGAUACUCUGUUCUAUCAUAAAUUAUAGCCUUAAAGACAGUAUCUAACACGGAUCAUCAGCUAUGUCCUCGCUGCCUUCUGUAUCUCCAGGUCAGAUCUGGUUAUCACCAUUGCCCUUUAGCAUCCAUGGUUCCAGCAAGCAUAGAACACUUGAAUCAAAACUUGAAGAACCAUUUUGGAAUAUGACUCUGCUGAUAACUCAUAGAUUUCGCUGGAUGUGUGUUGUAAGAUUUGGUAUUCUUGCUAGAUACAAUCUCUUAAAGAGAACUUGGCAAGAGUGUAUAAGUGAUUCAAAUGUAUAAAAAGCCAGACUGAUA